UAUCGUAAAAUGACGCUUCCUGGAGGUUAACCUUUUUUCGCAACCGGAAUAUGUGCUGCCCAGUUCGUUCUGCCUUAUUGGUUCAUAUAGCAAUCUAUCAACGAGGUCAUCCAAACAAAUCCACAGAAUGUAUCCAGUGAAUGCCUACAAACCUAGUCUGGCCAAUCACUGAGCUAAAACUCGUGAGGGAGGCGUGAGGCCUAGCUCUCCUGUGUGCAACCAGCUAGCUAAAGCUCUAAAAGAUAAUCGAUCGUGUGUGGAUUUUAUAAAACGAGAAACAUCGAUUGAGAAAAAUAAAGAAAAGGAACAUAUUUUSCUGCAGGAGAUCCACCUGCCACCAUGUCGCUGGAAGCACCAGACAUGGGCAAAGAUCCUGCACCAGACAUAUCCCCAGAACUAGCUGGAGAUUCCGCUCCAGCCCCAGAAUUAGCCCCUGAGCUAACACCAGAUACAGCCCCAGAACUAGCUGCAGAUUCAGCUCCAGUCCCAGUAAUGAAUCCAACUUGUAAGAUCAUGACCUUCCGGCCCACCAUGGAGGAAUUCAAGGACUUUGCCAAAUACAUUGCCUACAUGGAGACUCAAGGAGCACACCGCGCAGGCCUGGCGAAGGUGAUUCCCCCUAAGGGCUGGAAGCCACGGAAGUCAUAUGACGUCAUUGAGGAGAUGACGAUCCCUGCUCCCAUCAUGCAGGUGGUGACGGGCCAGUCAGGCCUCUUUACCCAGUACAACAUCCAGAAGAAGUCCAUGACUGUGGGGGAGUACCGCCAACUGGCCAACAGCAGAAAGUACUGUACCCCCCGACACAAGGACUUUGACGACCUGGAGAGGAAGUACUGGAAGAACCUCACCUUUGUGUCUCCAAUCUACGGGGCUGACGUCAGCGGCUCCAUCUAUGACUCUGAGAUCAGUGAGUGGAAUAUCGGCCACCUGAACACGCUGCUGGACAUGGUGGAGCAGGAGUGUGGCAUCGUGAUCGAGGGGGUGAACACGCCCUACCUGUACUUUGGCAUGUGGAAGACCACCUUUGCCUGGCACACAGAGGACAUGGAUCUCUACAGUAUCAACUACCUCCACUUUGGAGAGCCCAAGUCCUGGUAUGCCAUCCCACCUGAGCACGGGAAAAGGCUGGAGAGGCUGGCUCAAGGUUUCUUCCCAGGCAGUUCCCAGGGCUGUGACGCCUUUCUCCGCCACAAGAUGACUCUCAUCUCCCCGUCCAUACUGAAGAAGUACAGCAUCCCCUUCGACAGGAUCACUCAGGAAGAAGGCGAGUUUAUGGUCACCUUUCCUUAUGGCUACCACGCCGGUUUCAACCACGGCUUCAACUGCGCCGAGUCCACCAAUUUUGCCACCCUGCGCUGGAUUGACUACGGCAAGAUGGCAACACAGUGUACAUGUCGUAAGGACAUGGUGAAGAUCUCCAUGGACGUGUUUGUCCGCUGCCUGCAGCCAGAGCGCUACGUCCAGUGGAAACAGGGAAAGGACGGCAUGGUGCUGGACCACCAGCGACCCACCACCCUGACCAGCCCUGAGCUGGAGCACUGGAGGGCCAACCGGGUCACCUACCGCCAGAAACUGCUUCAGAGAGCUUUACAGAAGAAGGAGCAGCUGCGGCGGCUGAAACUGGAGGAGGUCAAGGUUCUGGCGGAGGAAGGCAUUGAGAUGGAUGCCGCCGAGUACCAGCGUCAGGUGGAGGAGCGCGAGGCCCAGCGGCGCCAGGAGAGGGAGGAGAGGAUGGCCCGGGAGGCGUUUCAGACCCUGGAGGCCAUGGAGAGAGAGGACCAGGAGAGGGAAGAACGGGAGAGGCAGGACCGAGAGAGGCAGGACGCCGUUGCCGCCAAGGCCACAAGAGUACACGACCCCCAGGCAGACCCACAGCACUUGACGGUGAAUGGAGAGAAGAAGAAGAAGAAGAAGAAGAAGAAGAGGAAGAAGCAGCAGCAGCAGCAACCUACCCUGCCGCUGGCCCCUAUAAACUCCUUCCAAGCAGCGUUUGAGAAGUUUGCCACAUUCAACAUGCCCCAGACACCAAAGGAGCCCCAAGGCAGCAAUGACACAGAAAUACCAGCAGAGGACAGGCUUGAUGUGAAAGGCAUGCAGCAGCAGUCAUCGUACUACUCUAAGCAGUUGAAGAUUAAGAUGGAGGUGAAGAAGAGUCGCCGGCAYCCCCUCAGCAAGCCGCCUAUGCGCUCUCCGCUAUCCAUCGUCAAGCAGGAAAUGUCCAGCGAUGAAGAGCUGUUCUCCCCCUUGCCGCUGGAUGGCCAUGUGAAGAAGGCGGGUCACUUGUGGCAGAACCGCACUCCCAACAUCCUGGCUGAGAAGAGUUUCAAUGCGGCCGUGGCCACCCUGGAACCCUACUGUGCCGUAUGCACUCUGUUCUGCCCAUACACACAGUCAUCCAGCCCCAGAAUAUAUGUAACCUCUUCCUCUGUUCCUCCAUCCCCAGAAAGGACUCUCUGUACCCAUCCGACAGCCCCAGUUCCCCCCAACCACCCUCACACUCCCCGCUGCGGCAGCCGCACCCACCCGCUGGUCCCAGAGAUGUGCUUCAGCGCCGGGCCGGACAACACGGAGCGCUGCCCUCCAACUCCCACCGGGAGAGACUGCACCAGCCCGCUGACUCUGCUCCUCCUGCCCAGCCUGCAGGUCCACUCCAGUUGUUAUGGUGUUAGUCUGGACACGGUACACAAUCAGUCCUGGAUGUGUUCGCGAUGUACAGCGCUCGCCUGGACAGCGGACUGCUGUCUGUGUAACUUACGGGGAGGGGCUCUGAAGAUGACCACAGACAACCGGUGGGUCCAUGUGAUCUGUGCCAUCGCCGUGGCGGAGGCUCGCUUCGUCAACGCCAUCGCAAGGGAGCCGGUGGACAUCAGCGCCAUCCCCGAUAGCAGGAAGAGUCUGAAGUGUGUGUACUGCCACAAGAACACCAAGCAGAUGUGUGGCGCGUGUAUCCAGUGUUCCCACGACAACUGCUCCACCUCCUUCCACGUCACCUGCGCCCACAUCGCCGGUGUGCUCAUGAAGCCAGCCGAUUGGCCCUACGUGGUGUCUGUCACCUGCCACAAGCAUAAGAAGACCAAUCACAAGGCAAGGGCGGGGCCAAGGGGGGAGUUUUCUCUUGGCCAGAAGGUAAUUGGUCGGAACAUCGAUGGCUGGUUCUACCCCUGCACCAUCAUUGGCAUGACCUCACAAACCUUCUACGAGGUCAACUAUGAUGAAGGCUCCUACUGUGACAACAUCUUCCCCGAGAACGUUGUGAGUCACGACUGUCUUCGUAACGGCCCCCCAGAGACCGGCGAGCUGAUGUUGGUCCACAACAUGGAGGACCAGGCACUCAACGCCUCCUACGUCAAGGAUCACGUGCACAAGUACUACCAGGUGGAGUUCCAAGAUGCGUCCCAGCUGUUACUGAAGCAAACAGAGAUCCAUUCGCUGGAGCAGGACCUGCCCAAGAGAGUCUGCACUCGCCUGGCAAUACCAACCCAGGAAGCCCUUCUGUCAGGCGACGAACCACAGGCAGCCAAGAGGCCUCGCCUCCCCGCCCCUCACCCCACACCUCAAGCCCCCAUGGACCCCGGAUGCCAACCCCCAGCUACAGGCCCUGUACCUCACAGUAUUACACCUCACACACCCAGCCAUGCUCCUGGUCCCUCCAACACUGAUAUCAGCGCCCUUACCCUCACCCAGGCUCUGGCAAUACCCAUCUCCGAGCCCACCCUCACCCCAAUGCCAACUCUCACUGAUCCUCUCCCAGCCCCGUCGGCCCUAGCCGCCCCUCUGCUGCCCCUUUCCCCAGCCGUGCCCUUCCAGGACCAGGGUGAAGCUUACACAGCCAGGUCCGUGCCCUUCCAGAACCAGGGUGAAGCUUACACAGCCAGGUCCGUGCCCUUCCAGGACCAGGGUGAAGCUUACACAGCCAGGUCCGUGCCCUUCCAGAACCAAGGUGAAGGAUACACGCCCAGCUCCAGCUACGUGUCCUACAUGGAGACGCUGCUUAAUACACACUUCCCCCCUCAGGAAGAUGGCCCCGGGCCCCUGUUUUAAUGAGACGCACCACUCUGCCGUGAUAGCUAGGCUAACAGGAGCUAAGCUAACACUAGGAAAGAUAAUGUAAUCUAUGCUAAAGGAGGCUAAGUGAUAGACAGUAGCAUCUGCUACAGAAUGCAGAUAAAGCACUCCUCAGUUGCAUGUCUUUUUUUUUUUU